AUGCUUAUGGUUAAACUAAAUUAUAAAAUCUACAUAAAAAUGGAUAAAACUAGUGGGAAAGAUAUGGCUAAAUUUCUUCGGAAGGGUAUAAUUCAAGCUUUCAAUUCUUCAGAUACCAAGCAGCCUCAGUACUUAAAUGCAGCUACGAGUUUAAUGGUUGAAUCAAUUGAUUGUGGAGAUGGCCUCGCAAAGACCAGCCAACUAGCUACUAGGCGCCAGAAAGGCAGAAUCCAUCCCCGCUUCCAACCAAACAGAUCUAGAGGCUCAUCCCCACAGGUCAACUCACAGUUAGGUUGUCCACUUCAGAGGAAAUUGUGCAUGGUAUUGGUUAGGGGUGUGCAGACGACUAGAACUACUCCAAGCUACUUUCUUCAAAUCCGAAACAAAAUGGUGAGAUUUGUGAUUGCCAUUUGCAUUUUUAUGGCCUGCCUUGCGGUGGCAGAGCCCAAUACGUCACCUUCGUCAGCUCCAUCGCCCUCAGCGGGUUGCUCCACAAUCAUAUAUGACAUGGUGGAUUGUGUCUCGUUCUUGAGCGUUGGCAGCAAGGACAAGAAACCAUCCCCUACGUGUUGCUCUGGCUUUGAAACAGUGCUGAAUACUGAUCCCAAGUGCAUUUGUGAAGCAUUGAAGAGCAGUGCUGAAUUGGGUAUCGACGUGGAUCUUAAAAGGGCUGCCACUCUGCCUUCUGCUUGUGGGGUCUCUGCUCCUCCUAUUAGCAACUGUGAUGUUUCUUUGUCUCCUGGUGCGGCUCCAGGUACAGCUCCUGGUGCGGCUCCUGGCACAGCUCCUGAUACAGCUCCCGUUAACCCUCCACCACCACCUUCCGAUGGAGCUCCAUCCCCCAGCACCCCGGAGGCGCCUGCCGAUCCAGGGUCAUCGAUUACCCCAGCACCAUCAACCGACGACGGUGAUGAAGUUGCUAAACAAGCUCCGGCGCCGGCCCUGUCAGGAACCGACUCUCUAUCAGCUUGUUUCUUUGUAGUCAUUAGCAUGCUAAUGGUUUCUUUCUCUUAUGUUUCAGUCUAAUUUCAUUUCUCUUUGCUUUGUUUCUUAGGCUAGUUAGUUUUGAACUUGGUAGUAUGAUCGAUCCUUGUGGUGUCUACUUCUCUAGCGCUGUAGCUCAUUGCUUUGUCUUUUA